AUGGCCGACGCUGAAAAGGUCAACACUAUGGCUCGCCAGUCCUUUACUGAAGAUGCCGGCGAGUCCAAGGAGGUUCCCAUCAACACCAUGCCCGCCAUAUUGAGCAAUCUCAGCGACGACGAGUAUAAAACAGUUGGACGACGGGCUCUGUUGAAGAUGGACAUGGUCAUCAUGCCCACCCUCAUGGUCAUGUACAUCCUCAACUACCUCGACAGAAACAACAUUGCAUCGGCCAAGUUAGCGGGAAUCAUGGAAGACUUGGACCUCAGCGAUACCGAGUUCCAGAGCUGCGUGUCGAUCCUGUUUGUCGGUUACAUCCUCAUGCAGAUCCCCUCCAACAUGAUGCUCGGUAGACUCAAGCUCCCAGGCGUCUAUAUUUGCCUAGCCAUGGCCGUCUGGGGCAUCAUCUCUGCUGCGCAGACCGUUGUCAGAAGCUUUGCAGGCCUCGCCGUGGCGCGCUUCUUCAUCGGCUUUGUCGAGGCCGUCUUCUUCCCCGGCGUGCUGUUCUACCUGUCCAUCUUUUACAACCGAAAGCAGUACGCCUUUCGCAUGGCGCUGUUCUACUCUGGCUCACAGCUUGGUAAUGCUUUUGGUGGAUUGCUAGCCAUUGCUAUCCUCGAGCUCGACGGACGCUUUGGGCUCCAGGGGUGGCGGUGGCUCUUCUUGGUAGAAGGAGUCGUGACAGUCGGUCUGGCUCUUGUCUUUGCCUUUAUCCUCCCCAACUCACCCUAUGGCGUCAAGAGCCUGAGCGAAGUUGAACGAGCUUGGAUAAAGUACAACUACGAAGAAGACCAGGGACAAGGCGAUGACCGAUCUGAGAUGACGGCGUGGCAAGGUCUCAAGCUCGCCAUCCAGGACCCCAAGACGUGGCUUCUGCUGGCGACUUUAUACUGCAUUUUUGUCAGUGCCGGCGUCACAAACUUCUUCCCUCCCGUGGUGGCCACACUUGGAUACUCGCGAACAAUCACGUUUGUCCUUACAGCGCCCCCCUUUGUUCUAUGCUGCUUGACCAUGCUAGUCAACGGCUUCCACUCGGACCACAAACAAGAGCGAUACUUUCACAUUGUUGGGCCUCUUUGUGUUACUCUAGUCGCCAACAUCAUUGCUGUCUCUACUCUCAACGUCGCGGCGCGAUACACAGCCAUGAUGCUGAUGCCAGCGUCCUUUUACGCCGGCUCAACAGUUCUCCUCUCGUGGAUAACAGGAACUCUCAACCAGCCCGUCGCGAAGCGAGCCUCUGCUAUCGCUCUCAUCAUCUCGGUAUGCAACACACCCAACGUUUGGACGCCGUAUUUGUACAAUGGUGCGCCGAGAUACCUAGCAGCAUUUGCGGUCAACCUCGCUGCUGCGGCGGGGGCAAUUGUAGUGGCGACGAUUGUGAGGAUGUAUCUUAAGAAGCAGAAUUGGAAGCUUGAGAAUGGGAGGGAUACGGGCAAGAGUGGUCCAACUGAGGUUCAGAAGGCGAAUGGGUUUAGAUAUAUGCUCUGA